AUGGGUCGGCAAGCUGCCCUUGCCAAGGCAGAACUAACGCUCCAUGAUCAGGUUGAGCAUCUGCCCAAACAAAAACUCAUCGCAGUAUUUGGGCUCCUCGCGUUGACGGUUUUGAUCAACUUCACCGAUCAGAAUGGCAUCUCCAUGGCUCUCCCGACUAUUGCCGCGGAGCUGGACGCCCGCGACACCAUUUCGUGGGCUGGUACGGCCUCACUGCUGGCUAACACUACCUUCCAGAUGCUCUGGGGCAGACUCUCCGACAUUUUUGGACGAAAAACGGUGUACAUUUCUGCGAUCGCCCUCCUCUCUAUCGCCGAUCUUCUCUGCGGCCUGAGUCGAAACGCCACAAGCUUUUAUAUCUUUCGAGGUCUGGCAGGUGUUGGCGGCGGGGGCAUCACCAACCUCGCCAUGAUUGUCGUCUCCGAUGUUGUCACCUUGGAAAACAGAGGCAAGUACCAGGGAAUCAUCGGUAGCAUGGUUGGCCUAGGCAGCAUCAUCGGACCAUUCCUGGCCGCGGCCUUUGCAGAAAGGGCGACUUGGAGAGGCUACUUUUGGCUGCUGUCUCCUUGCGCUGCCUUGGCGGCCGUGUUGACGUACUUCUAUCUCCCCACGAAGCCACGGACGGCAUCGUGGCAGGAGAGUGUUAAGAAGGUAGACUGGUGGGGAUCAUUUGCUAUCUUUGUUGGCAUCGUCUUUUUGCUCAUCCCUAUCUCUGGAGGGGGCGCGUACUUCGAAUGGAAGUCCUCCAUGGUGAUCUGCCUGCUCGUUCUUGGGGGGAUUUCGCUCAUCCUCUUUGUCGUAAUUGAGUGGAGAGUUGCGAAGCUCCCGAUGAUGCCAGGUACUUAUUCCCCUCGUGUCAAACUGCCCAGGUCUAAUCAUGUCUCAGUUGAUAUCUACAAGAAUCCUGCGGUUACAGCCAUGCUUGUGCAGAACUUUCUGAUGGGCGCAAGCUAUCAGGCUUGGAUAUAUUUCGUGCCCCUGUACCUCCAGAACGCUCAUCAGUUCUCCAUCAUCCAGUCUGCACUUAUAUGGAUCCCUCUAGUCGGAUUCCAGUCGGGAAUUUCCAUUUUGUCGGGCCUAUAUAUCUCCAAGUUCAAGCGCUACGGAGAGAUUCUCUGGUUUGGCUUUGGAAUCUGGACCCUCGGCUCCGGUCUUUCUCUUCUACUCACUCGGGAGUCCCCAGUUGGAAUCAUCAUCAUCCCUCUUAUCGUAGUCGGCAUCGGCGUGGGAUGCAUCUUCCAGCCUAUUCUGGUCGCCCUGCAGGCUCACUCCCCCAAGGCCCGACGUGCCGUCAUUAUCUCGAAUAGGAAUUUCUGCAGGUGCGCAGGCGGUGCGUGUGGUCUCGCCGUCUCUGCCGCGGUCAUGCAGGCGAGCCUGAGGGCAUCACUCCCGGCCGAGUACGCAAACCUGGCCGGGUCGACAUUCACGCUUCCUGAGUUCGAUGGAGAUAUCCCAGCCGCCGUGCUUGAUGCUUACAUGGCAGCCAGUCGCUCUGUUUUCAUUCUCCAGGUUCCCUUGAUUGGGCUCUGUUUCCUGGGGAAUUUUUUCAUCCGGGACAGAGGGUUGGAGCUCCCAGACGAGAAGAGCCCUGUGCAAGAACAAGAGCCUGAGCAGGCCGGAGGGGAGCAGGGAAUCAUGAUUGAAUUAGCGGAGAGCGAUGCAAAUAUUGAAGCGGGAGUAAAAGGCACUUCACGGUCGAAGUAG